UUUAAGAAAUGUACGUGAAAAUAAAGAAUAUAUAUAUAUUAUGUCGAUUAAACGUGCUUUACAUGGUGAUAACAAAAGAACGAAGGGGGCGCAAACAGUGUCGCUGUUCCUCUGCCUGGCCAUUCUGCUCACGAGGAUCCAACACGGAAAUGCCGAGCGAAAAGUCGUGUGUUACUACACAAACUGGUCCAUCUAUCGGCCGGGAACUGCGAAGUUCUCGCCGCAGAAUAUUAACCCGUACUUGUGUACUCACUUGAUCUAUGCUUUCGGCGGCUUCACCAAGGACAACGCUUUGAAGCCCUUCGACAAAUAUCAGGACAUCGAAAAAGGUGGAUACGCCAAGUUUACCGGCUUGAAAACAUAUAACAAGAACCUGAAGACCUUACUAGCUGUCGGUGGCUGGAACGAAGGUUCCAGCAGGUUUUCUCCAAUGGUGGCCGACCGCGAGAGGAGACGAGAAUUCGUGAAGAAUUCGAUCAAGUUCCUUCGAAAAAAUCACUUCGACGGCCUCGAUCUUGACUGGGAGUACCCUGCCUUCAGAGACGGUGGAAAGCCUCGAGACAAGGACAAUUACGCCAAUUUGGUGCAGGAGCUCAGAGAGGAGUUCGACAGGGAGUCCUCAAAGACCGGAAGACCAAGACUGCUGUUGUCGUUGGCGAUGCCAGCCGGUAUCGAGUACAUCGACAAAGGCUAUGACGUACCCAGGUUGAACGAGUAUUUGGACUUUAUUAAUCUUCUCUCGUACGACUAUCACUCGUCCUACGAGCCGGCAGUGAAUCAUCACGCCCCUUUGUAUCCCUUGGAAGAGGACAACGAGUACAACUAUGACAGCGAAUUGACGAUUGAUUAUACGAUCGAGUACCUACUGAAGAAGGGUGCCUCGCCAGAAAAGAUCAUUUUAGGCAUCCCAACGUAUGGACGAUCUUACACGCUCUUCAACGAGGACGCAACCGAUUUAGGAUCACCGGCAGAUGGCCCUGGAGUCGAGGGUGACGCUACUCGAGAGAAGGGCUAUCUAGCUUAUUACGAGAUUUGCGAGAGCCUCGCAGCCUCGGACGACUGGGAAGUGAUACAGCCGAAUUCUAAUGCGAUGGGCCCCUACGCGUUCAAAGGAGACCAGUGGGUGGGCUACGAUGACGAAAACAUAGUACGACUGAAAGCCAAAUACGCGAACGAAAAGCACUUGGGUGGAAUUAUGUUCUGGACGAUCGACAACGACGACUUCCGCGGCAAAUGCCACGACCGGCCAUACCCGUUAAUAGAAGCGGCCAAAGAGGUUCUUUUAACCGACAGCACGAACACGGUUCAACAGUCGAGUAACUUCAACAAUCGCAAGAAAACUCGCUUGUCAGGAAUUCAGAGCAACACUGUAGGGAGGAAAUCCAGUUCGAGAAGAACCAGCACGACCGCUGCACCCAUUACCAGGAAGCGAGUUACUUCUCCUAGGCCGAAGUUCCGAACAUUUGCGCAACCCAAGGCCAGCGUGGAGGAAGAAGAUGACCAAGAGGUCGAUAGGCGGUCGUAUAAUCAUUCCUCGUCCGAAGAGGAGGCAGACUCCGAUGGAGGCAACGCGGUAAGGCCAGCGGACAAGAACAACAGAUCGAGGGAGAAGAGUAGACCAAAGAAUCGGUCGAGUUCUAAUCGGAAUCGUAGGAAGCAAAGUCGUCGCAAGGGAGAGACCAAGGACGACGCGGAGCAGGGAUCUCUGAGCAAUAAACUAACCACUCCGGAACCACCCACUACGCCUGACCCUGGCACAGACUUUAAAUGCGAAGACGAGGGAUUCUUCUCGCACCCUCGAGACUGCAAAAAAUACUUCUGGUGUUUGGAUGCCGGUCCAGGAGGUCUGGGCGUCGUGGCUCAUCAGUUUACUUGUCCCUCAGGACUGGUGUUCAACAAGGCAGCUGAUUCUUGCGAUUACCCACGCAACGUGAUCUGCCCCAAGUCGAAGACGUCUCAGUCAACCGCGUCGACGACGAGGGCUCCCAUCGUUGCUGCCACAAGCCGUACAACUUACCUUUACAGCAGCACUCGUAAACCGACCACUGAGAAACCAGACAGCGAAGAGGAGUACGAGGAGUAUGACGAUGACGUCGACGGAAUCGAGGAGGAGGAGGAAGAAGAAGAAGAAGUGAAGGAAGAAGUUAAAGUACCCACCACCUCGAAACCACUUCUGUACAAAACGAUUACAAGAAACAAGCCCACCACGACAACCACCACCACGACAGAGGCACCAUCUUCGCUUUCCAAAUCUGAAAGACACGACUUGGAGAAGGUCAUUGGCAGUGAGGGUGAGGAGGAAGACCCCAAGGUCAUCAAGGAGCUAAUAAUGCUUAUUAAGAAAGCAGGUGGUAUAGAGGAACUGGAGAAGCAACUGUUUCUUCAGAACAAGAGUCCCGAUGAGACUAACUCGGAAAACGAGCCUGCCACUCCAGCCACGAUAAGUCGCACUCUGUACGAACGUGUGCUCAGUCGUCAAGCUGGCAAAAGUGCCAGCAGACAACGCACAUCAGGGAGUAAGAGCUACGCGAACGGGCCAGGUGGAACGCAAUUCGAAGGCCUGGACGAGGUUCCCGAAGUGAAAACACUGAGGCGAUCGUACAAGCAUCAAUACGUUACCAUCGAGAGACCCAAAUCCUCCACGAAUGAACCACCAGUGGAAGAGGAGGAGCUCAACGAUGAAGAAGAUCUCGACGACGAUACUGCAGAUGUGGCUUCCUCCGAGGAACAGUCUAUCAGAAACCCCUUCCUAACCAGCUCCACGCAAAGAGCGACUCCUAAUUACAUUAACAUCAGACGUGGCCGACCAUCGACUACGGCGAAGUCAAGAUACGAGAACGACGUGGAUGAGAAGGACGAGGACAUAGAAGAAGAGGUAACACCUGUCCGUUCUCGACGUCCUAGUAUAUCAUCAAAGAAUACCAAGAGCACCUCCUCAGAGGACACCAAGGACCAGGAGUCUGUUCCGCCGUUGAACGAUGAGAACUCAUCCACAACUAAAUCUAGGUACAUUAGCAUCCAGAGAUUCAGAAGCACCACCCCGAGGUCUCCAGAUGUGGUCUCAGAAGUGAUCUCCACCAGCCAAGAACCAAUCACAGAGACAUCUGUUUCAAGCGAAACGCUUAAAGCGGAGGAGAAGACAGAAGCAGUCGUGACAACGAUACUGUCGACGACGUCGUCAACGACCACUCCUUCUUCUAUCAUCCUUUCCACGACAACAAACGACAUAGAUCGCGAUCUCGACAAAGAAGAACCGAUCUCGUACGCAAGCUCGACGACUGAGUCGGUGAAACUGGUCGAGGAUUCCGCGACGGAAAUCCUGCUGACCACUGCACCAGCGAGCCUGUCGAAGGUAUCUUCGCCCAGCACGAGGAUCAGCACCGCGACCGUGUCUCAACCGCGUCCUUUCGGCUUCAAUCGACGCACCAGGCCAGCAGACGCUGUAACUACGCCGCUGCCAGCGUCCAACGAUCAAACGAGAUCCAAGGUGAAUUCCUCUAAGUCUACGGUAAUGUCUCCGCGAAUACCAGGAAGUCUUCCGUCGACCAGGUUGCGGAAACCAACUCCAGUCACUUUGACAUCGUCACAAAACAAGUCUUCCAACGCGCUUGCGAACAAUCGGAAGAAUCGUCCGACCGAUGGAAACGAAAAACUCGAUACCGGGAUGAAUACAACGGAAUUGCCGAUAUCUGAGAAAGAUAUCGAUCAAAGUAGUCGGGCUCAAGAGAUCGCGGUGACCUUGGCGGAUCCUCCGACUUCACAAUCAUCGUCCACCGGUCGACCAUCGUUAAGGAAUGCUCUAAGGCGCAGGAUAAGCACUACGCUAGCACCUAGAACAGACGCGACAACGAGUAGGACUACCAUCGGGUUCGCGGCGAUUCGCAGAGAUCGACACAAGCCAAAGACGAAGGAUACACCUCAACAGAACGUAACGACGAGACCUAGACGGCCGCAGGUUAUUGACUAUGAUUAUUACGAGGACGAGGAAGAGCCUGUGAUCGCCAAGUCCACCUAUAACGGGAAGCUAUUCCUCACGAACAAGGGUAACAUCCGUUGCCUUGAUCAAGGGAAUUUCCCGCAUCCGUACUCCUGCAAAAAGUUCAUCACUUGCGCGAAAAUGGUGAACGGUUUGGUGGUCGGUGCUGAAUACACCUGUCCUGAUAAACUGUCGUACGAUCCGGUUGGAGGCAUUUGCAACUGGUCCGCUGGACUCGGCUGCAAAGAGUAACGCGUUAUUAAUUUUCACUGUUUUCGCAAUCAGAUUUACGAGAUCGAAAUACGAAAUUUUAAGUGGAAAGAAACGAAACAAGGUGAAGCAUUUUAAACGGAACAAUACAUGGUAAGCUUCAAGAGGGACAUAAUUUGAUGUCACUAGAUCUUUGAUAGGUGAAGGUGUCUAUUUACGCAGGUAUAAUAAUUGCUUUGUUGUUUCUCCAUUGGCGAAACUAAUAAUCGGAACGACAACCCUUUUGAACAGUGAUGGGCAAAACCCUAGGCUUCGAAUAAAUCUGAAGUUUGCCGAUGUGUUUGUCUCGAUUCCUUCUGUGGAAAAUGUUCAAAAGAGGAAACGAGACAAACAUAUCGGUAAACUUCAGAUUUAUUCGAAGCCUAGGGUUUUCCCCAUUUCUGCUUUUGAAUCAUUUCUUGGCCCACUUUCAAUGGUAUUAUUAAAAGUCGCUGCGAUGGAAACUAAUUUACUGCAGAGAUCGAUCAAACACUUUCAUGUCCUCUAUAAUUGUUGCAGUCAAAAAUUCUGAAAAAAUUCACAAACACAUACGCCGUGGAGUAGAAUAUACCGAAUUUUUUUCAAAAUCAUUGGCACAAUACAACAAAAGAUAUACAGUAAUUUCAUCAUUUCUAUUAAAAACAAAUAUUUUCAAACUUUUCGCAUUUUUUCCUUUAUAAUUGUUUAUACAGAAAUAUCUUGGAUAUCGGUAAAGUUUGUUACUCGGAAUAAUCUUCAUUUCUGUUUAUGUUUACUCGUUGACUGUCCCCUUCGAAUAGUCCGUUGAGGUUUGACCAAUUCCGAUAAAAAAUUCCCUGCUGUGCUUCGCGCAUUAAUAAUUGGUAGUCCCAAUUUUCGAAACACUACUGUAUAUCGUUUUUGCAAUCACUAUACAAAUCAUAGUAUGUAAACAGACAUUCGAUCAUUAUAUCCAUGAAUAUUCGUAUCAGUCUGCUGUCUGCUACCGACCAAAAUGCUUUGUAAUAAAAACUUCUACAAUGUGUUAUACGAAAACGGAAAAAAUUGAUAUAAUUUGUGCAUUUGUGUGGAUGCUGAAAGAUUUCCUGAUCGUAGUGUAUUUUAUAUAUACGUGCAGUGGCAAUGUGCAUCGUAAAUAAAUAAAUCACUGAAGUGUUUCGAUCGGUUUUUUGAGGUAAAUUAUUUUUCAUCGUACUUGACCUUGAACGACCUUCGAUAACCCUUGACCAUACAGGUAAUUGUACGCGUUUUAAAAUGUUCUGUUGAAAAGUAAUUAAAAGACACCUCGUUCCAUAAAAAAAAAAUUAAGUUGACUUUCACAUCUUGUCUAUAGCUCAACCUACUAAAAAAUAUUGACAUUAGGUUAUGUUAUCCUUAAUACCAAGCAAGAUUGGUAUGAUUUUGUUCUAUCGUUUCGUUUUGUGCAAAGUGAAACGAUUUCCAUAUCGAUUGUUCGUGCAAUGGAGCGAUAUCACUUUAAUGCUUAUGAACGCAGAUAGCCAUAAUCGAUGGAAACAAUAAAUGGUGAUAUCAUCAUUAAAACGUUUCUUCGUGUAAAUAUUCUAGAGUUAUUGUAUAUAAGUAGAAUUAGCUUACGCUAUCGCGUAACGUAUCGACGAUGUAUUAACUUAUGCGUUCUAGUGCACCGUUCAACAUCGAAAAACGCUCUUAAUCGUGCCUUCAUUUUUUCUUUUUUUCUUUUUAUGAAGUACAUGCAGGGUCGGUUUUAGCAAUAUUGGUGCCCCGGGCAAGAUUAUCGUGGCGCCCCUUCAGGGGUAUAUACAGGGUGUCCCAAAAAUGUUGUAACACCUUGAAAGGGGUGGUUCAGGAAGUGAUUUCAAACAACUUUUUCCUUAGCGAAAAUGUCCGAAGUUUCGUUAAGGAGAUAUUAAGCGAAAACCCCGACCAAUCAGAACGCGAGUAUGCCGGUUGAGCGGAGGCUACACGAUAGGUGGUCGCGCUCAUACGCUACCGCAGGCGCUCCAACGGUAUACGCGCGCUCUGAUUGGUCAGUGUUUUCCGUUAGUAUCUCCUUAACGAAGCCUCGGACAACAUUUUCGCUAAGGAAAAAGUUGUUUCAAAUCACUUCCCGAACCACCCCUUUCAAGGUGUUACAACAUUUUUGGGACACCCUGUAUAUCGGUAUAUUCGUAUACUAAGGACACCGGACUGCAACGCCCCCAAAAAUCUGGCGCCCCGGGCAGUUGCUCGACGGCGUCCCCCCCCCCCCCCCCAAAUGCCGACCAUGAGUACAUGUAGGUACUUACUUUCGAGUCUAUCCCUAACGAGCAAUUUACAGUUGUAAAUUUAUGUACGGCGGAAGUUUUUGUAUUCGGAAUAAAAGCAUCGUUUAACCACACUGUUAGAAAUUUUUAUUUAAAUAUCCUUCGUUAUAUCGCCCGCGUGAUAUGACGCAUACUGGGUUAACUUUUGGAAACAAUAUUCCAAGCCUUGUCGCCAUUACACCAGUAGAAAAAGUUGAGCGAGUUUCCCUUCCUUUUCAAAGGCUUAUUGUUGGUUCGUUUUUUUUUCCUUUCUCGUGUUCCGAUUUUACAAUACCGAGUUCGUCACGAGCUUAGUAAGAUGAAAUUUGGCAAAACUAGAAUAGAAA